GCGGGGAUUGGCGCAGCGCGCGCCCCCUCCCCGGCCCCCGCGCGGUGGGAACCGGCAGCCCCGUCUAGCGCUGACGUCAGACCGUCUGCCUGCCUCCGACCGCGGUCUCGGAGCGAAACCCGAUCUCCUUGGACUUGAAUGAGGAGGAGGAGGCGGCGGCGGCGGCGGAGGCGCUCGGCUGGGGGAAGCCAGCAGCAGAGGCUCAGCCCCGGCGGCAGCGCGCGCCCCGGCUGCCAGCCCAUUUCCCGGACGCCACCCGCAGACACUGCCGACGCCCCCGGGGCUGCGGAGGGGCAGCCGGGGGGCUCAGGGGAGCGCGGCCCCGAGCACUGAGUCCCGCGGCGCCCCGGGAACUUGGCGGCGCCCUGAGCCCGGCGAGCCGGGGCGCGCCUUCCCCGCCCCGCUCCUCCUGCAUGCGGGGCCCGAGCGCCGGGCGCCGGCCGGAGCCCCCCCCGGCCGCCCCCGAGCCCUCUGCGCCCCGCGCCGCGCCGCCGCGCCGUCCAUGCACCGCUUGAUGGGGGUCAACAGCACCGCCGCCGCCGCCGCCGGGCAGCCCAAUGUCUCCUGCACGUGCAACUGCAAACGCUCUUUGUUCCAGAGCAUGGAGAUCACGGAGCUGGAGUUCGUUGAGAUCACCAUCAUCGUGGUGGUGGUGAUGGUCAUGGUGGUGGUGAUCACCUGUCUGCUGAGCCACUACAAGCUGUCCGCCCGCUCCUUCAUCAGCCGGCACAGCCAGGCCAGGAGGAGGGAAGACGCGCUGUCCUCGGAAGGAUGCCUCUGGCCCUCGGAGAGCACGGUGUCGGGCAAUGGAAUCCCAGAGCCGCAGGUCUACGCCCCGCCCCGUCCCGCCGACCGCCUGGCUGUGCCCUCCUUCGCCCAGCGGGACCGCUUCCACCGCUUCCAGCCCACCUACCCAUACCUGCAGCACGAGAUCGACCUGCCUCCCACCAUCUCGCUGUCGGACGGGGAGGAGCCCCCGCCCUACCAAGGCCCCUGCACUCUCCAGCUGCGGGACCCCGAGCAGCAGCUAGAGCUGAACCGGGAGUCCGUGCGCGCACCCCCAAACAGAACCAUCUUCGACAGCGACCUGAUGGACAGCGCCAUGCUGGGUGGCCCCUGCCCCCCCAGCAGUAACUCGGGCAUCAGCGCCACGUGCUAUGGGGGUGGCGGGCGCAUGGAGGGGCCGCCCCCCACCUACAGCGAGGUCAUCGGGCACUACCCUGGGGCCUCCACCUUCCAGCACCAGCAGAGCGGCGGGACCUCCUUGCUGGAGGGCACCCGGCUGCACCACUCACACAUCGCCCCCCUGGAGAGCACAGCGGCCUGGAGCAAAGAGAAGGAUAAACAGAAGGGACACCCCCUCUAGGAAUUCCUGGUGGCCGGGGCUGGGGCAGCAGUAGGUUAAAACAAAAAAACAAAAACAAAAACACUCCGCACUUCUUGAAAGAGAAGAGAGGAGAACGGGGCGACACACAGAAAAUGCGACGCGUAACCAUCCUCUCCCCACCUCUCUGUGUAUAAAUAUUUACAUGUUCUGUCUGGUCUGAAUGCACAAGCUAAGAAAGCUUGCAAAACAAAAAACAAAACAAC